AUGCCAUGUCAAAGCUUAGAGAUGGCCUUACUAAAUUAUAGAACUAUAUUAGAAGAUGAUAUCAUGAAAAUGUACAAUCAUCAGUUAGCAUUCAUAGAAAUGUCACAUUUUCAGCUAGUUCAUUUAUAGAAUAUCAAAGAGUAAUUUGAAACAGAUGACUUCUUUUCAGAAAUACAAACUGUUCUUCAAAAGAGAGAAUAGUUAAUGAAAGUUAGAAAUGGUUUAAAGCAACAAGAAGAGAAGCCAGAGUUUCACAGUGGAUUUAAAUCUGCAUCAAGCUUUAAAAAAUAAAUUGCAUAGAACGAACAAUAGCCACCAAGCAUAGAAAGUCCUAUUAAAUCUUCAAAUGAAAUUCUCUUUAAUAAUGAUGGCUCACCAUUAAAAUGUACUAUAAAUGGAGGUGAUGAGAAUAUGACAAACUUAAAUUUUGCACUAGAUUUGAUUGGCAGAAAUUAAAAUGAGGCUAUAAUGCUUUGCCAAGCUAAACAAAGUAAAGAUCUAUAUUCCAAAUUUAAAGAGUUUCCUAAACUAAAGGAAUUGAACAGGCUAAUCUAGACAUUUUUAUCAGAUUUAGUUCAGUAAUCAAGACUUAAAAGUUAAAAUUCCAAUUAAAGAUUUCAAUAAAAGUAAAUUAUAGGAAAAUCUAUAUUGAAAUAGAAAGACUAUUAGAUUUUAAUAUCAGAUAACUUGGAAAUAUAAACGAGAAAAGAAUUCAAGCCAACUAUUCUAGCUUCAAAAACUAGGAAUGGUCAAAUUAAUGGAAGAAUUACAAUGGAAAAAAUAAAUAGUCAAUACAUAAAAAAUCUUAAUGAUGAUUCAUAAUCGAAUCUAAAUAAAAGCACAGACGUCGAAAUGAAAGAUUAGACUGAUGAAAAUGUUGAAGAUAAAUAAAAUUCUGGAUUCAAAAGAGCUUCUAUUAUUGGAAGAGUUUCCCAAAAUCCUAACCAAUCUUUGCAAAACUUUGACUUUAUGAAGAAAUAAGUGUCAAUAAACAGUGUUGAUAUCAAAGUUUAAGAAUAUGAAUUAGAAAAGGAGGAAGUCGAUUAAAAAUUGGGGAAAGCAAAAAGAAAAUGA